AACUACUCGCCGCUCGCAUCACCCAAGCGCGUCUGGCUUGGCGAUAAACGCUACAUCCUCGCAAUUGGGAUCGGUCAAGUCGCGCUCACAGCAGACCUCGGGAAUGGGAAGAAGCGUACUGCCCUCCUUCAAGGCGUGUACCACGUACCUGACCUGAAUGGCAACCUACUCUCGGUCUCGCAUCUCACGAAGCGCGGCUAUUCGGUUUUUUUCACCACGUCCGGCUGUCGCAUCCAGAAUACCGAGGGCCAGCUUAUCGGCACUGCACACGACAAGGACAACCUCUACGUCUUUGACGGCUCACCUCAUGUCCCGGAGCGUGCAUAC